AUGCGGCCCUCGCGGACUUUGCUCGAGGUCCGCUCCCUCGCGGUGCUGCUCCACCACAUCGCGGAGGGGGUGGUGCUGCCGUACCGCCAGGCCUGCCAGCCCGAGAGCCCCGGGGCUUUUGCAGGGGUGCUGCCAAGCGGGGAAAAGGACGCCAACGCCCUUUUCGAGCAUACCUUGAGUGAAGUCCACGCCGUCCUGCGUUUUUUCCUCGGUAAAGGGACCUUUUUUGGCGAUUGGGCGGCCUUCUACGUCGCCCGACAGACGCGCUGGCUGCUGAGGCCGGUCGGGAUCUACGAGGAGGCUUUUCAGCGCUGCGUCGUCGCCCGGCGGGAGGCCCUCGGCCGCGCGCAGAUCAUUUCGCUGGGGUUUCAAGCCCUCGUCAAGCUCGAAAAGCCGCUUUUGCCCGGGUUGAAGGAACCCGCCGCGAGCGUGGCGAAUCUUUUCGCGCCGACCGCCCCCAACCCCCCGAUCCCCACGGGGGGAAGAGGGGGGCAGGAUCGGAAGCCCCUCCCUCCGCCAGACGUCAAGCGCAAUGGGGGGUCGAGGAGUUGGGAUCCCCCGGCGAUGCCAAGGCCUGGGGAAAGGAAAGAAAGCCGAAGAGACGCCCCGCGAAGUACGCGAAAUGGGCGCCGUUGGGAGGAGCCCUCGGAGCCGCGAAAGCGCGAGCGCCCGUCCGAGCCGGUUCGCAGCGACGACGCGAGGAAACAGAGCAGGCGUGAAUCCUCCCACGAGCGUUCUCGACGCCACCACAGCGGACGAUACUCCCGGCGGCGUUAG